GACAUAAACAGAGAGCGAAGAGAGAACGGAGAGAAAGAGAGAGCCCGUCGCUCUUCUGCUCAGCCGCUGCUGUAGUGCAUAUCUUGUCCCAGCAGACGAGGAACGAGGUGUGGAUGGAAGUUUCCUGCUGGGGUGGGGAAGGUGGAGCGUUUGCGUUGUUUUUCCUUCGGCUUAUACGGGAAAGAGUGAACUUUGAUCUUGACUAACUGCCGGCAGAGCUGGGCUCGGUAAACGAUAGUGGGAGAGGAAACGCGAUAAGGGAAGAUUGCGUUCUUCUUGGGUGGUCUCUUCUUCUGUCGGGGUGCACUGAAGAAAGGCGAAGAUGAAGGGGUUGGCGGGAGCCUUUUCUUCGACAUUUUCGGCUGCAGCCGGCUCGGCUGCAGCGGUGGGAUCGAGGGCCUUAGGAGCAGGGGCAGCUGUAGCCGGCGCAGCGGGAUCCGCGGUCGUGGGGGUUGGCGCAGCUGCAGGCAGCUCAGCUCUGGCGGCGGGAUCUGCGGUCGUGGGGGCGGGAGCGGCAGUGGCCGGGUCAGCUGUGUCUGUGGGAUCUAAAGUGGUCGAGCAAACGGUCCGAGUUAUCUCCUCGGCACCCCCGAAGGAGGGAAUGAAGCUCGCGACGAUUCGCAUCAGCAUGGGAGACAAUGCGAACGAUGGAAUGUACGGCAGAGUGAGGAUGGUCAUCGUCGGUGAUGGCGAGGAAGACCCUGAGGGACCUCGCGCUCCUGCACAUAUCGCAGGCGAAAGAGACGGUUACGAUCUGGGUACGGGGUUGUGGAAGUUUGGCAGCACGGAGUCGGUGAGGAUCAACGAUCUUCCGAAGAACGUGAAUCCGACGGUCAUCCUUCUGUACAACGACUCGACGCAGGGGAGGCACUGGUACGUGAGGAGGGUGGAGAUCGAGACGGAAGCUUACAUGGCCGACGGGGGGGGGAACAACGGCAAGCUGAAGAAGUACGUGUUCCCCUGCUACUCGUACGUGCCCAACUCGAGCAGAGGCCGCGUCAUCUUCGAGGGCAGCUCUCGGCUCCCCUGGCAGACUCCCGCRAGGCUGAACGARCUCUAUCGGGGAGGAGCCUUGCACAAGCAGUUGGAGGUGUACCAGUUCGACCAAUACGACGAUCUGAGCAGUCCGCCGGAGCUGGUGGAUCGMGGCAGUCCCAACUUCCGGCCUCCGCUCCACCCGUACCCCAAGCGGCAGGCAUCCACGGUCUCCGGACAGAGUAUCGGGAUCCCGAUCGAUGACGACUUCGACUGUUCCAAGACUUACGAUUUCUUGUCGGAGUCGGUCAAGUCAAAAGCGAAGGCAGUGUUUGCUGAUCCGCUAUCGACGAAGUCCAGCAAGCCAUGGAAGAGCGUGAAAAAGCUCAUCGACGGACUGUUCGAAGGAGUCGGGGCUUUCCGCAAGCCGGUCGUACUGAAGAACGGGAUCGACUGGAAGUCCGAUAAGGAGUUCGGCAGACAGAGGCUCGCCGGCAUGAAUCCCAUGGAGAUAACCUUGAUCGAUACUCUGCCUGAAGGCUUUUUGGUGUCCGACGGCGAGCUGGGCGACGCCCUCCCCGAUGGGCUAACACUUGCCUCAGCGGUCGAGGCCCGACGCGUCUUCAUCCUCGACUUCUCUCUGCUUGAGGUUCUCAGGCCCAUCGUCAAUCGGCCUGCUUCUCCGGGGAAGGAGUUGCGGUACUUGUACGCUCCUCGUUGCCUGCUGCUCCGUGAUGAUGACGAUGACGUCAUCCCCAUAGCCGUCCAGCUGGAGAGAGGAGGGAAGGUGUACACGCGCGCCAAGGACACGAGCGUCGGAAGGUGGCAGUGGACUCUGGYCAAGGCUUACGUGGCAAGCGCUGACAGCGCCGUGCACCAGGUGGGUAGGCACUUUUUGGAAUGCCACGCAGUCUGCGAGGUUUAUCUCAUGGCUCUCCGCAGGCGAGUGUCCGAAUGGCACCCCGUCUUCAAGCUCCUCAUUCCUCACUUUCGGUUCACGAUGAGCAUCAAUUAUAGGGCGCGUACGAGUCUGAUCAAUGCUGGCGGCAUCAUCGAGUCCGUGUUCACUCCUGGGCCCAAGUGCAUGGCAGCCUCGGCCGAGCUGUUCAAGUCCUGGAAGUUCCAGGAGCAAGCUUUGCCUGUGAACUUGGAGAAGAGAGGAGUGGGCGACGUGGAUGUCCUUCCCUACUAUCCGUAUCGCGACGCCGGGAUGCUCGUCUGGAACGCGAUCCUCAAGUAUUGCCUGACGUACCUGAAGAUCUAUUAUGGCGAGGGGGAGAGCGCCAUGGAGGCGAUCGCGCGGGACGAGGAGGUGUCAGCUUGGUGGGCCGACGUGAAGCUGGGCGCCUCCAAGUCCGAGUUYUCUCUCCCCGACGCGGAGGAGUGGCCGGCGCUGCACACGGUCGAGGAUUUGGCUUUCAUUUGCGCGACCAUGAUGUGGACAGCCAGCGCCCAGCACUCCGCCGUCAACUUUGGCCAGUACGAUUACUCGGCGUUCUCGCCGAACAAUCCCUCRUGCAUGAGGAAGCCAAUGCCAGAGGAAGUAGAUGAGAGGGCGUUCAUGGACGUCCUGCCUCUUCCCAAGGAUCAGAUUACAGUGAUGAUGGUCGUGGACAUAUUGUCGAGGUUCUCGGACGACGAGGAGUACAUUGGGAGAACGGAUCAGACCGCCUUCGGCUGGUUAGUGGAUCCGGAAGCGCAGCAGGCKUACAAAAAGUUSUGCGACGAYCUUGACGAUGCARUGGUGGCCAUAGAGCGCAUGAAUCAGGAGAACAAGCCCAGGGGGAGACUGCCGUACGAGUACUUGUUCCCUCGCAACAAUGCCCAGGAGUUGUCUUUCUUGCACGACACCCCGAACGGGACGCGGGGAAUCCCCAAUAGCGUGUCCAUCUAGUGCAACGUAACUUUUUGGCUGUUUGUAUCCAGUAGAGAUCUGGGCUGAGGUGCGGAAGAGCCGUGUCGCAGAAGAGCGGUCGUCGCGUAGGUCGUUUUUUCCGCGGUUUUAGGGUUAGUUACAGUUCGACAGAUUGGUUAAGUUGAUGUUAUUGUGUAUAAGACUGGUGCCGCGCAAGGGGAAGGUCAAGUGGCUUUUUUCGGGCUUACGUUGUCAUACAGUCUCUCUAGGUUAUUUAUCAAGGGGAGAGAAGAUCGGAGUCUGUCUUGCACUUCGCGGUAGCGGAUUAGACGUUGGACUGAGUGGCUAGCUAGCUGUCAUUAUGUGUAAGACUGUUGCCGGACGUGAAGGUCAGGUCAGUUCGCUUUUUUCGGGUUCAUCUCUGUAGUUCAUUAAUGAAGGGGAGAGAAGAUGGGCGCCCAUCUUGUAAGUUGCGGUGGUGAAUUUUGAUGCGAUGGUCAUCUUUUCCGUUUAUUUAUUUAUUCUGCAACCGACGCUGUGUGUAUUGUGUUGUCGCCGUAUAUGCUGUCCGAAUACCGUACCCUCUCUCUGCUGCCCAGUCUUCCUGGUCAUUGACGUUCGGAAGCGAUUGCGAUAACCCUGACAAAGCAGCAAAGGCUACGUAGUCGAGCAGAGCUCUCUGAAAAUUAGGUGCUUUUUUAGUCUCUUUGAUGUAUGUAUGUGCGUGUGCCUCCUGGCCUCUUUUCGCAACGGUCAGGGCUGUCUCUGCUCAUUGUCUGUUUGAUGACUCAGAAUGGACUUGAUUAGGAUCACCCAACAGGUCUUCGGAAUGUCGACUGACUCGAGAACAGUAGGGAGUAAAGUUUUGGACUUGGUUCACCUACCAGCUCUUCUGACUGUCGAGAGACUCGAGAGACUCGGGAACAGCAGGUGGCAAUCGUUAACGUGGGAGUCGAGUUGUACAAAGAAGAAGAGCUGCCCCUCUGUUCACAAUGCUGGGAUGUUUUAUUGUGCAAGCGACUUUCUGCAGGUUUGAGGAACAACGGGAUGUCUAUCAUCAAGUUCUGAAACGUUUGGCGUCUGUGGAGCAAUGCUUGUCCUUUUUGGGUACGAUGCGGUUUAGGUCUCUAUCGGAGUUGGGGGCAGUACGAAAGUUUGAAGUCCCGAGAGCAAGAUGGAUUAUUUGACGUGUUGGAUGGAUUUGAACUCGUUACUUGCAAUUCACACAGUUCGAGAGCGCGACAAGC